GCUCGCGGUUCGCGGAGAAUCGAGCGCUCCGCCGCGCGGCCCCGAACCACACGGGGCGCGCAUUCAUUGCGCGGCGCGGCGGGGCGGAGAGCAGAGCGCGAUCGCGAGCGCAACGGAUCGGGGUUCGAGGAGCUCGCGCACGUUCUCAGCGCUGCCUCCUUCGCCGCGGACCCCCGAUGUGGAGGCGGAGUCGGGCGCGCGCGCCGCACUGAGCAGCACCAUGGAGCGCAAGGAGAGCAAGAGCAGCAGCGGCAGCGGCAGCGGCAGCAGCCGCUGUAAAAUCGUGGUGGUGGGAGACGCGCAGUGUGGUAAAACGGCGCUGCUGCACGUCUUCGCCAAGGACUCCUACCCAGAGAAUUACGUGCCCACGGUGUUCGAGAACUACACGGCCAGUUUCGAGAUCGAUAAGCAGAGGAUCGAGCUGAACAUGUGGGACACGUCAGGUUCUUCAUAUUACGACAAUGUGCGGCCGCUGGCCUACCCGGAUUCAGAUGCCGUGCUCAUCUGCUUCGACAUCAGUCGCCCUGAGACUCUGGACAGUGUUCUCAAAAAGUGGCAGGGGGAGACGCAGGAGUUCUGCCCCAACGCCAAGGUGGUCCUGGUGGGCUGCAAGGUGGACAUGCGCACGGACCUGAGCACGCUGAGGGAGCUGUCCAAACAGAGGCUCAUUCCCGUCACCCACGAGCAGGGCAGCGUGCUCGCCCGCCAGAUCGGAGCCGUGGCUUACGCCGAGUGCACGUCCAAGGCGUCGGAGAACAGCGUGCGCGACGUCUUCCACAUCACCACGCUGGCGUCGGUCAGCCAAGCGCUAAAGCCCCCCCCGCUGAAGCGCAGCGGCUCGCGCCGCGGCCUCAAGCGCAUCUCCCAGCAGCCCGGUCGCGCCGAGCUCCUGGACAAACCCCCGGCCAUGAGGAAGGACCGCGCCAAGAGCUGCGCGCUCAUGUAGGAGGGGCGUCGCUGGAGUUGGAGGAAGGGGGGGGACGGGACUCUAUUUAUCACUCGGUCGUCGGACGUUUGCACUGCUGGGAUCCCCAGCGGAUAAGAAGAUUGACAAGACCGCACCUCCGUCUGUGACGCUGUCCACCUGUCCACAGUUAACACCCUUCUGGAGAGAACGGCGGCAGUGUGGUGAGCGGGGAAAGUGCCACAAAAGGGUGCACACAAAUACACACACACCGGUGUGCGUGCGUGCGUGCGUGUGUGUGUGUGUGUGCGCACAUGCCCCGCAGGAACAGUGUGACCCCCACCCUGCCUUCACUUCCCUCUGUACGCAGCCCAUUAUAUCCGAUGGUGAGAAUGAACACAAAAGGGCGAGUGUGUAAAGGUGCAGCUGGGAUUCCGACCAAGAGAAAAGGAAGGACUUUGAAAUGCGACGAGUGACAGAUAAUGUCGCUUAUGAUGAUGAUGAUGAUAAUAGCCAGUGAUGUUGCAGUAACUCUCGAGACCGUCGGCGUUAAAACCCUAGAAACCUCAGGUGCUUUCGAGUUACAGCUCCCUUCGUGUGUCUUCAUGGCCGCGGUCACGAUCGCUGUCCAACGGGGGACGUCUGGAACGGUUUUCCGCUCGUAAUCCAAGGACGCAUGGAAAGGCGCCACACGUUGGUGCGGUGUUUCUCCACUCUCUUUGUGUGAAGCUCAAAUAGAGGAUCUCGCUCUUCUCUGGGGACGGGAAUCUCCCCUGCUGUGUCCCGUUCUUCUUUUUCCGGUGAUGCCGUGUCCAGGUGUGGACUGCGCGUGUUGCCCGGGGACCCUCUGGGCGCGUUUGUGCUCCAUUUGCACUGUGGACAGAAUCUAAUUAUUAUUUUAUUAUUUUGUGGCUUCUCUUAUUCGUUCCGUCCGGCCCUGUGUGUCCUGUGUGAGCGUGUGUGUGUGCGCUCUGCGUGGCCCCCAGCUGGCUGCAGGAGGUGCUUUAUGUAUAUUGACAAACGCAGCCCUGAACUGCGGCACAAUAAAAUAAUUCUGUUUCCCAGGGAUUUAUGUUGUCUGCUGCGUUCCCAGACCGGUCGGUCGCUCCCUCGUACGCGGAGUCUGGAGCUCCGCCGGCCGCUCGGCCCACCUGCGGCUCUUCCGCUCCCAGGAGAACAUCAGCAUUCGUUCGUGCGAGACUCUGUAGUCCGUAGGCUGAUCUGCGGACGUCUGCGACAAGAAACGGGCGUGGCGAGCCCUGCGGUGCGUCUCCCGUAGACGAUCCCGUGAACCGUGACAAAGCGACAAUCACGGCAACGGCAUCUGAGAGCGCGGCGCUGAGAGCCCGGAGACACCUGGUCUCCACGGCUCAGCUGCGUGUCACGUGCGCGUAGGAGAACGAGCAGCUCGGCGGGGUCGGGGGGGGGGGGGGGGCUGUCGCGUCGACGCUUUGCACGCCCUCCUCAGAAAAUAAAGGAACAGGAAGCCAGCAGGAUGGGAGGGAUCGAUCGGGUCGGUCGCUGCCUCGAGGAUGUUUCCUCCGGCGCCCCCACGGCGGGAGUGCGAGCUUUAGCGGGAUUUGCUCGGCUUCGCGUGGAGCCGCUCGCCUUGGUCCCGCCGCCAGACCCAGGAGAGCGGCUGAAAGACCGAAAGGCCCGGUUGCAGGUUGAAGGAGCCCAGAAGGUUGUAGCGGAGCUCCGGGCCUGGGCUCAUAUAAUUAAUAUCUCUAAUACUGAAAAGCUUACCCCAGAAAUGUGGGUGAACCAGUCCAGUCGAGGUCCCGCACAGGACUUUACCUGUUCUCGUGCCACACGCGGAUUGUGAAGGGGCGUGGCGCCAGGUGCGUAUUGUAGAGGUCACAUCGCUCCGAAGAACACCGUACGGCUACGCGCUCAUGAUGCUUCUUUUCACUUGGUUGCUUCCAUAAUACUGUUAAAUAGUUUAAUAGGGGCAAACGAGACCGCCGGAUAGCGGGACUAAAUGUCUCAGACCGCACUGACACUUGGACACGUAGGCACAGAUCAUGCAGCUCAAGGACUUCCGGUCUAGCUCCUCAGCAAGGGAUUUGAUCCGACGCAGGAAAUGGCCGAGACACAGGAAGUGUGUAUCCUGUCCCCAGUGGAAACCAGCUUGGGCUAUAAUAGACCAAUUCAAAAAAGACCGUCCUUUAGAGGCUUCUCGACCUGCCAGUAUCUCACACUUCGGUAGCGUCAACAAUACAGCCCUAGCGUGGUCUUUCCUGGGAAUAGUACAGAAUUAAUACAAUUUGUGCAAGUGAAUAAAUAUUGACUAGAAUAGUAAUACUGAAUAAAUACUGACUAA